UUGCACCCUGCUGUUCUGCAAUUCUUUUGCUUUCCUCGUUCAAACAGAUCAUAAACCCUUCUCUUUCUCUCUCUAAACCUCGGUUGGAUCAUCCAUGGCGACCAAUUUCUGGUCGUUAGCAUGCACUCGGUUUCCGAACAGCAGUAAUCUGUUGCCGCGGCCUCAUUAUCCGUCCAUGCCCAAAUAUCCGGCGGGGAUUUCGCUACCGGAGAAUAGGUUGCCGACGAAUGAGUCGACGGCGUUCUUCUCCGUCACUGGAAUGACCUGCUCUGCUUGUGCUGGCUCCGUCGAGAAGGCGAUCAAACGACUCCCUGGAAUUCGUGAAGCCGUCGUUGAUGUUUUGAAUGCUAAAGCUCGAGUCCAGUUUUACCCUAGCUUCGUUAAUUUGGAUCAAAUAUGUGAGGCAAUUAACGAUGUAGGCUUUGAAGCAAGUAUAGUCAAUGACGAUAUGAUUGAAAGAUGUCGAAUUCAUAUAAUUGGAAUGACUUGCACUUCUUGCUCCAAAACUUUGGAAUCUACAAUACAAGCAAUUCGUGGAGUUCAAAACGCCCAAGUUGCAUUAGCCACGGAAGAAGCAGAAGUUUGUUUCGAUCCAAGAAUUUUAAACUACAAUCAACUUCUCCAAGCCAUUGAAGAAUCUGGAUUCGAAGCUUUACUUAUUAGCACAGAAGAAGAUGUAAGCAAGAUACAGCUCCAAGUUGAUGGAGUGAGAUCUGAGAAUUCAAUGAGAGUGAUUGGGAGCUCUCUGGAAGCACUUCCUGGAGUUCUAGGUAUUAAUAUUGACCCUGCACUCAGCAAACUUUCAUUGUCUUACAAGCCAAAUGUCACCGGACCUCGGAAUAUAAUCCAAGUGAUUGAAUCAACUGGAUCUGGUCGUUUUAAGGCAACAAUAUUCCCUGAAGAACAGGGCAGAGAAGCCUAUAAAAAGGAGGAAAUUAAGCAAUAUUACCGAUCAUUCUUAUGGAGUCUGAUAUUCACAAUUCCAGUGUUUUUAAGCUCUAUGGUCUUCACUUAUAUACCUGGUAUUAAGGAUGUGCUAGAUGCCAAAAUUGUCAAUAUGAUGACUGUUGGGGAGCUGCUGAGGUGGGUGUUAUCAUCUCCCGUACAGUUCAUUAUUGGAAGGCGGUUCUAUACAGGGUCUUACAAAGCAUUGCGUCAUGGUUCUGCUAAUAUGGAUGUUUUGAUUGCUUUGGGGACUAAUGCAGCAUACUUUUAUUCAGUCUACAUGGUAUUAAGAUCUGCAACCUCAAGUGAUUUUAAGGCCACAGACUUCUUUGAGACCAGUUCAAUGCUUAUAUCAUUCAUCCUUCUCGGGAAAUAUCUUGAGGUCUUCGCUAAGGGAAAAACAUCAGAGGCUAUUGUGAAGCUUAUGAAGUUGGUGCCUGAAACAGCAACCUUGCUUACUUUUGAUAAUGAUGGAAACGUCGUUAGGGAAGUAGAAAUUGAUAGUCGGUUGAUACAAAAGAAUGAUGUAAUUAAAGUCAUUCCAGGGGCAAAGGUUGCUUCCGAUGGAGUUGUUGUUUGGGGACAAAGUCAUGUCAAUGAAAGCAUGAUUACUGGGGAAGCCAAGCCAGUGGCAAAGAGAACGGAUGAUACGGUGAUUGGAGGCACCUUGAAUGAGAAUGGUGUACUACAUGUGAGGGCAACACACGUUGGAUCUGAAAGCGCCCUUUCACAGAUCGUGCGACUUGUUGAAUCGGCUCAAAUGGCCAAAGCUCCAGUUCAGAAAAUUGCAGAUCGCAUCUCUAAGUUUUUUGUGCCAAUGGUUAUAGUCCUUUCAUUGACAACAUGGCUCGUCUGGUUUCUUACUGGGAAGUAUGGUGGCUACCCAAAGUCCUGGAUACCUUCUUCCAUGGAUAGCUUUGAGCUUGCUCUCCAGUUUGGCAUUUCAGUUAUGGUCAUAGCAUGCCCUUGUGCUUUGGGCCUGGCAACUCCAACUGCAGUCAUGGUUGCAACAGGAGUUGGAGCCUCAAAAGGUGUUUUAAUUAAAGGUGGCCAAGCAUUAGAGAGUGCUCACAAGGUGAAUUGUAUUGUGUUCGACAAAACUGGAACUCUUACAGUCGGGAAGCCAGUUGUGGUGAAAACAAAGCUACUAAAAAAUAUGGUUCUGAAAGAAUUCUAUGAACUAGUUGCCGCAACUGAGGUAAACAGCGAGCAUCCAUUGGCCAAAGCCAUUGUUGAAUAUGCUAAAAAGUUCAAAGCAGAGGACAAUAACCAAACAUGGCCUGAAGCACUAGAUUUUAUUUCCAUUACUGGACAUGGGGUAAAGGCCAUCGUUCAAAACAAAGAAGUAGUUGCAGGCAACAAGAGUCUUAUGUUAGAUCAGAACAUUUUCAUACCCGUUGAAGCUGAAGAAAUAUUAAAAGAAAUCGAAGAAAUGGCUCAAACUGGAAUUUUGGUAUCCAUUGAUCGGAAACUGACCGGGGUUCUUGCCAUAUCUGAUGCACUGAAACCAAGUGCUCGCGAUGUCAUUUCCAUACUCGAAGCCAUGAAAGUUAAAUCCAUCAUGGUGACAGGUGAUAAUUGGGGGACGGCGAAGUCCAUAGCCAAUGAGGUUGGGAUUGAUGACAUAAUUGCAGUAGCUAAACCCGACAUGAAAGCUGAGGAAGUGAAGAGACUACAGUCUUUGGGUCAUACGGUGGCAAUGGUAGGAGACGGGAUCAACGACUCGCCAGCGCUUGUGGCUGCAGAUGUCGGAAUGGCCAUUGGUGCAGGCACAGACAUUGCAAUUGAGGCAGCUGACAUAGUCUUGAUGAAAAGCAACUUGGAGGAUGUCAUAACCGCCAUCGACCUUUCAAGAAAAACAUUCUCCAGGAUCCGUCUUAACUACAUUUGGGCACUUGGUUACAAUCUCCUCAGCAUCCCUAUCGCAGCCGGAGUCCUUUUCCCAUCGACUCGGUUUCGGCUACCUCCAUGGAUUGCAGGAGCAGCAAUGGCAGCCUCUUCUGUUAGUGUUGUUUGUAGUUCUCUCCAGCUCAAGUAUUACAAAAGGCCCAAGAAGCUUGAUACCCUUGAGAUACAAGGCAUUAGAGUUGUGUGAUUGAGGUUAAAGGUGAGUAAAUCUUCCUCUUUUCCCCCCUUUUCCCCCCUUUUCCAUGGCUUGCAAGAAUUGGUGCAUGAAUUUGUGGUAUUAGCAUUGGUUUGUGAGAUAUAAUGGAUGCUGCCUUUGUAGAUACCAUUGUGAAUAGUAUGAUCAAUUGCAAAAUAAUUGUAGCAUUGUAGAAUUGUCAAUGCCAUUCAAUGGAUAAUUUUGGA